AUGUCGACGCCCGCUGCCAUCUCUUUGGCCGAGAAGACUUCUGAGACUUUCGUCGAAGACCUCGAGCCUACUCGUCCUGACCAAGAGAUCAUGGACCCCAUCGAAGACAAGUACGGAGGCAUCUACAUCUGGCUUAUCACUGGCUCUGCCGCAGUCGGUGGUCUGCUUUUUGGCUACGAUCUCUCUAUCAUCUCUGGUGUACUGCUUAUGGUCGGUACCGACCUCGGCCAUACCCUCUCUUCAAAUCAGCAGGAGCUCCUUACAUCUAUCACUUCGGGAGGGGCCUUCAUUGGUGCUUUAUGCGCAGGCCUCAUGCUCGACAGAUUUGGAAGGCGAUUUGUCAUUGGUCUGGGCGCAAUCUUCUUUACCGCCGGAAGUGUGAUCCAGGCAAGCUCAUACUCGCUCGCGCAGAUGACCGUUGGCAGACUCGUCGUUGGUCUUGGGAUUGGUGAAGCCGCUAUGGUGGCCCCUAUCUAUAUUGGCGAGAUUUCACCCGCAAAACUUCGCGGCCGAAUGGUCACUUUGGAUGCUCUUGCGAUCACUCUUGGCCAGGUCCUUGCUAAUGUUCUCAACAUCAUCUUUGAGAAUGUGUCCAAUGGAUGGAGAUAUUCGAUUGGCGUUGGCGCAGUUCCUUCGUUGAUUUUACUUGGUUUUUGCUUCGUCGUUCCCGAGACUCCGAGAUACUUGAUCCGCAAAAACAUGAUCGCCGAGGCUGAACGAGUCACUGCAAAAAUCUAUAUUCAUGCUUCGGCCGAAGACGUCACCAGAAAAGUCGCCAAUAUCCACCACCAGUUCAAAGUCGAGGAGCGCCUUUCGGAGCUGAGCUUCAGGGACCAGCUUCGACUGCUUUACAAGGACCCUGCGAACCUUGCUGCGCUGGUGGUCGCUUGCGGACUUAUGGGCAUCCAGCAAUUCGCGGGUUCUAAUACCCUGAUUUACUAUGCUCCUACUUUGUUUGCGCUUUGUGGCUUCAAAAACUCCAUUGCCGUCUCUAUCGUGGUUACGGCAGCCAACUUUGCAUUCGGUCUUGCUGCACUACGAUACCUUGAUCAGGUUGGGCGCAGAAAAUUCCUUAUCUACACCAUGUGGGGAACGUCAGUCUCUCUCGUCGUUGCAGCAGUCGCGAUUCACUUUAUUCCGAUUAGCGACGAUCUCAAGGUCACCGACGAGGGAUUAACCUGGGCCGGUAUCCUUGUGCUUGUCUGUAUCAUUCUGUUCAUUGGAUUUUACGCUUCUGCACUCGGCAACGUUCCUUGGCACGGGAAUGAGCUCUUCCCGAUGGAGGUUCGUUCUCUCGGCACCAUGAUGCUUACAUUGACGUGUUGGGGUAGCAACAUCGUCGUCUCGUCUACCUAUCUGUCGAUGAUGGAAAACAUAACCCCAUCCGGCACCUUUGGAUUUUACGCUGCUCUGAACUUCAUCGGAUAUAUCUGCGUUAUUCUGUGCUAUCCAGAGGUUGCUGGUAUGACUCUCGAGGACAUCAAGUCGGUAUUCAAGAAAGGUUUUGGGUUGCCGUCAGUGCGUUACAGCUUGCAGUUACAGAAGGAGAGGAAACUGCUCGCAAAGCAAGAGAAUGAGAAGAAGAACUUUGAGGAAACGGGUUCCAGUGGCAUGGGCCGGGAGUAA